AUGACACCGCCUCAAGGGUUGGAGGUAGCUAUCAUCGGCGGCGGCCUCGCUGGCGCACUCACGGCGCGGGUCCUUCGAGAGGCCCAUCGAGUGACUAUCUACGAGCGCGCCAAGGAUGCAGGGGAAGUGGGCGCUGCGCUUGCAAUUGGCCCAACCGGUGUGAGAAUACUCGAAUCCCUCGGUUUUGAUCAGGAGCGUGCUGGGUCUAUACCCACCGGGCUCAUCAAACUCUAUGACCACAAGGGUAACCUGGGCCAUGAGCAGUAUUUGGAUACCACGGAAGCAUAUGGGGCCGAACAUUUGGCGUAUCAUCGUUCUGAUCUAAGAAAUGAGUUUCUUCGACUGGCUACGGCUGAUUCAGAGCAAUUGGGAAUCAACGGGUGUCCAGCCAAGAUUGUCUGGGGGUGUGAGGUGACGGCUGUUGAUGCCGAGGCCGGGACACUCAUUCUUUCAACUGGAGAGAAAAUACAUGCUGAUCUCAUAGUGGCUGCCGAUGGUAUCAAAUCUGUGGCUCGCCCCGUUGUCGUCGGCGAUGCUGCUUUUUCAACCACGAAAGCCUCUGGUAUCUCGGCAUUUCGAUUUCUGAUCGAAACCCAAGAAAUCCAAGAUAAAAUGGGACAUCUUCCGAAAAUCUUCAAGCCACUUCCUGGCCACAAGUAUUGCUUGACAAUGCUGUUUUCCACGGAUGGAUCGAAACGUGGCAUGGUUAUCUAUCCAUGCAGAAACUUCGAGCUUGUCAAUUUCCUCUGCUUUGUUACCGAUGACAAACUGAAAGUUAAUUCAACGAGAUCGUGGUCAGCGCCGGGAGACCGCGAGGAGAUGGUGAGUCUUUUCAGCGACGACUUUCCGGACUGGGCCGUCGAUCAUCUCCGAUUGGCAGACAAUAUUAAACUCUGGCAAUUGCACGAUCAAGAUCCACUGCCGACGUACACUGUUGGCCGCGUCGUUCUCAUAGGAGACGCGGCCCAUGCGAUGACACCUCACCAAGGCCAGGGAGCUACGCAGGCUGUCGAAGAUGCCGAAGGCUUCAGACUGUUCCUUCGUGCUGGAACCACACGGGAUGGCGUCCCGACCAUCUUAAAGGACUACGACAGCGUGCGAAGACCACGAGCGAGCCAGAUACAGUUGCAUACGCGGGCGGCCCAGAGCAACAGGAAACCUGAAGACGCGCUCAGAUAUGAGAAGUACAAUUGGACGUAUCCGGGGAUCAUCAAGGGAUUGGAACGGGUGAAGGCCGGGGAGGAGCUUAUUCAGUUUUAG